AUGCCAGGUAUCUUUGCAGAACUCGAACUUCUGCGCUAUACACGACAAGUCAGUUCCAAAAUAGUAGACGUAGAAUCCAAAAUUUUUGCGCUAGACUUUGAAUCUGUUGGCACGGAAGGCUUGAGUCGAGAGGAACUUGAGAAGCGGCAUGAGGAGAAACGUAAUACUUGGCUGGACAUGACAUACCUCAGAAACUCUCUGAUCACAACAAACGUCCAGAACGAGAAGAUGUCAAAGCACGCUGUCGAUGUGGGCAAGGAAUUCUAUGAUCCUGUCGGACAUCGUACUGACUCACGUCGAUUCAGUGAGUCGGAGAUCAAGUUAGCAGCAAGAAGCGAAACUAGCGACACUCUGGUUGUCGAUCAGAUAUGUUCGUCGCCCAUUGAGUACACACAGCCGGGUGACAGCGACACUAUAUUCUCUCAGCGCAUGCGACAGGUGGGAAAGAAGAUCGAGCUCAGGCUGAACACGAUUUGCGAAGAGUACGACGCGAAAAUCAGGGACUGUACUAUGCGCGUGGAUGGUAUGGCCAUGGCCACACAAUGGUAA